AUGGUGAAACUUCUUGUUUUUGCCAUUUUACUGGCAUCAUCGCCAGCAACCGGCUUAAUAGAAUCACUAUUCAAUACGGAGAAUAGCUGUUAUACAGGCUGUCAUUCCAAUUAUGCUGCCAAUGCAAUUCAUUUAGAAGCUUGCAAAAAAGGUUGUGAUUUAAAGUUACUCAAUGAAGAUUGUGCCACACAAUGUAAAUCAUAUUCGAAAGACGACAAAGUUCAAGCUAGCUGUCAAGUUGGCUGCACUUUGAGUCGUCCAGCCGGAGAAAUCAACAUCGAGAAGCCAAAUCCAGCUCCGCUUAUUGACCCAAUUCCGGGAUUUAAAAUUCCACAAAUCAUCCCUAUGGGUCCUGAGGGAGCCGGAGAAAUCAACAUCGAGAAGCCAAAUCCAGCUCCGCUUAUUGACCCAAUUCCGGGAUUUAAAAUUCCACAAAUCAUCCCUAUGGGUCCUGAGGGAGGUCGACCACGUUCAAUUAUUCUUAUUCGUCUUCGUAAUCGUCCAUCAUUAGAAAUGCCAUCGGCUCCAAGUCUCUUCAACGGUGACCCGAUUCAAAUGUUCAAUGAUAUGAUCCGACGAUUCCAAGAAAAGACCAAUCUUAUUGAAGAAUCCAUUCGUAAAUCCUUCGAAGAGAAUGUUCAAACAAUCCCGAUCGUUCGUGUCUCAAGCAACCUUCGGGUCGACUCAUCGAGCGAAUCAAGCGAAGAACCUCAUGAGAAACGUCCAUUCUUCAGCGAAUUUCGCCAUGUCAUGCAACACCCACGUGAACAUCAACAAUUGAUUCAUGAUCGCAUGCGACCCGUUAGCAAUCGCCUUCGACAAUUCGUUGACAACAUUCGUACUGAAUGGAGCAAUCUUGUUCGCCGACAACCUAAAAUUCCCAUUUGGAUCUUUCUUGGCAUUCUUCUCUCAUCAUCGGCUAUUCUUUGGUAUAUGGUUGUCUCACUUUGCCGUCAUACACCAUCACGCAAUUUAUCAGUUCGUGCUCAAGAACUUAUCUACAAUCCAUAUGAAUACGAUGGAUUCGAAAAGGAAAAAAUUCAACCUGAUGAUGAACCUUAUCAAGUGACCGAAUCAUUACCUAUCAAAGUUAAAUUAUCCAACAUUUAA